AUGGCGGUGUUGGGAACUCUGUGCUACUUGGCGCUGGUCAGUCUAGUGUCUGUGACGUCAGUAGAAGCCGAGUGUCCACAUGAUAACGGUACCUUAACUAGAUGGAGUGACCCCACUACGUGGCCUACAAACAAACUCCCAGAGGCCAGCGCUACGGUUAGUAUUACCGGUCACGUCCUUUUGGACGUGUCCCCUCCGGCCCUGUUCGGUAUUGUUGUAGAGGCAGGCGCAAUUCUCGUUUGGAGUCCGGAAGGAGAUUUCCACGUGUCCACAAAUUACAUCCACGUGAAAGGCGCCUUCCACAUUGGCUCCGAGACUUGUCCAUUUGAGGAAAACGCUCGAAUCACCCUGACGGGUACUCGAAAAGAAUAUUCAAUGCCGAACUUUGGACAAAAGUUCAUUGGUGUUGACGCCGGAGGUACACUGGAGAUCCACGGUAAGAAGAAACUCGCGUGGACAAAGCUAACGAAGUCAUUACCGCGACUCCAGGCAGGCAAUGGACUACUCUACACCCACUUAGACUUCCCAAACAGUAGACAGAGAAAAGGUUUAGGGAUGAUUGUCUUCAAUACCGAUGGUAGCCACUACAAGACUGCUGUUUUUACUACCACCGGGCCGAACCAGGCAGAUGUACUGGCGGGAAUCCAGUACCUCCUCAAGUGGCUACCAAGUAUUCCGGCGGGCAAGGUGAUCCUGUUAGCAGUUCAGCACACAUUGGUAUCAGACACCCAGGUAGACGACCUGGCAUCUGUAUAUGACGCCAUUGAAACGGCAGCAGGAAUUUCCAGUGGUCAAGGUCAGAUCAGAAAAGUAGGCAUGUACGACGCCUUCGCCAUGGCCUUUAUUAAAGGUGACCCAAGUUCAACAGUAGAGACGCUGACCCCUGUGGAAUACCACUACCAGAAAGCUGAGGCUAGUCUGAAAGUCAACGAUCUUAUCAUGGUGGCGGAGAGUUGUACCAAUACCGGAAGUCGCAUAUCACACGCCAUCGACUUCCGGGUAGUAAAGGAAACAUCAGCAUUCCAUGUUCUAGAGGUUGUUGAUGACGUCACAUCUUGGAAGGAAGGUGACACAAUCUUGCUGACGUCGACGGAUUUUAGUUUAGACAAAUCUGAGAUAGCAACAGUUGUAAGCUGUGGGGAUUGUGCGGCUACACAAGUAAAAGUUGCCCUACUACCUAGGUACAUGCAUUAUGGUGAUAUUGAUUUCAAUGUGGACAUGAGAGGAGAGGUGGCGCUGCUAUCCCGAAAUAUACUCAUAGAAGGCGCUAUGGACAGUUUCUGCCCUAAGGAGAAUGAGAACUGCGAUACAUACAAAUACGAUACGUUUGGUGGCCACGUGAAGGUAAUCAAAGGUUUCAAGGAUGUACAUAUCGAGGGAGUAGAACUUUACCAUAUGGGCAAGCAGACAGACUUAGGUCACUACCCCCUCCAUUUCCACAUGUGCUAUGACGUGGAUGGCGCAGAGUACCCAAACCCACCUUACCUGCGUGAAAACUCCAUCCAUUCUUCCUUCGCCAGAUGUGUCACUGUGCACGGUACACACGGACUUACGGUAAUGGACAAUGUGGGCUACGAGUCUCUUGGUCAUUGUUACUUCCUUGAGGACGGGGGUGAAAGGAGAACAGUUCUUGACGGAAACCUUGGAGCCAGUACCAGAAAGGCCACCCUCAUAUCCUCAGACAGCCGCCCGACGACGUUUUGGAUCACCAACCCAAACACGAUCCUUCGGAACAACGUCGCCGCUGGAAGUGAGGAUAUCGGGUACUGGUUUAUCUACCCUGACACGCCCACGGGACCUUCUGCCGACAAAGGUUUCAUGCAGUACCAAGAGGCACGCUAUACCGCCAUCACAGAAUGCAGUAAUAACGGCGCCCACUCCAAUAAAUUUACGGGUUUCUUCAUUGACUUUCAAAUACACCCGACGACAGGCGACAUCUGGAUCACCAGUAACCGGUACUCUCCUAAAGUCGACCCCUUGGAUCCUAAAUCGGCGGACAAACCCGCUAUUAUAGAUCGUCUUACGUCAUACAAAAACAGGAACAAUGUUUGGGCCCGCGGUGGUUAUCUUGUGUUCCGUAGAACGUCUUUGGCGGAUGCUACCAGAGGGAUCACCUUCGCUAGGGGUACGUACCAGCAACAGUUUCUAGAGAAAAGCGUGAUACUUGGGCAAACCAACAACCUCGGGGACCCUAUGAGAGCCAGGGGUAUUGACGGGUCCUUCGUCUCGUUCGAUAGAUCACUACCUUAUCAGUGGAAUUUCAACGAACCGAUGCAGGGAUUCAACUUCUAUGAUGGUCCGGUCUUCGUAUCCAGUACCUUCUUUAACGGGUUCAUAUCCAACCAAUACCGGAAGGCAGGGGCGAUUGGUUUCCUAAGAAACAACAAGUUCUUCAGUUCUGCCUCGAGUGCUGCCAAGGACCUGCACUUCGGAUUUCAGGAUGGAGAAUUAACAGGUAACCGUGUGUAUGACGGUAACAGUAGUAUACCUGGAUUUGACGACCUUGACGGUGACAUAGAAGCAGUGUUCCGUGACGCUGAUGGGUCGGUGACGACAGUACCUGGCAGUUCUGUGGUCAGAUCUGAUCAGUUUCUUACCACAUCUGACUGUAGUUUUAGACCAAACUGGAACCUGGCAAUAUGUCCCUUCAAGUACAUGAAGAUGCAGGUAGUUCCGCGGUCAGCAGGUGACCUCAACAGUGUUCCGUUUGUGUCACGUGACGAUAUUCCUGACAGUCCUCGAAAGAUUGAUGGUACCAAGGUUGUUCACUUUUCACUCAUUACUGGAGGGCAGUUCAGCUACUCACUCCACUGGCCAGAUGUUGUGCCCGCAGAGUUCCUCGUCAGAGCGUGGGGACUUGAAAAAGACUACCCAGUUCGCGUUGGCCUGUGUCUGCCCCUGGAUGCGACCUUCUCGCUGAAGUCUUACUAUCCUAAACGGGCACUCACGCUGGACUCAUGGACAGAGGUGAACAGCGUGCACGAGAUAGACCAGGACACUGAGGGCGGGAAGUACUACCACAACAAAGCCACGGGGAUGCUAUACGUCAUGUUGCGGUCGUUAGAGGCCGUUGAGGACGGGGACACGGCUACCUGUGUAGGAGACAAGUGUGUGUCCCUCUUGGUGUACGUUACUGGAGGAGACCGGAACGACGGAGACUGCAGUGCGCGGGACACGCCCACUCCACCCUCUCAGGUUACUCACGCUCCAAAAGCAGUGGCGGACGGAAGUCUUUCAUUCGACACAUCAUAUUCUGGCCCUGAAACGGACUGGGGAGCAGGUGGCCAGAUUCCUUUCAGCAGUCGUAUGCCACAGAAUGGAGGAUACAGCGGCUGGACGGAAUGGUCCGCGUGUAAAGUGCCGGCCUGUGCAGGUAGCGUGAUGGUGAGAUUCAGGACCCGGACAUGUGACCAGCCCAUUCCCAGGAACGGAGGCGCCCCUUGUCAGGGUCCCAGCAGCGAGGAGAUGGAUUGCACCACCAAGUGAUAACUUGCUGCCAGAUGUAGCCUCAAAUCCCAGUCAUCUUGCAUAUCACGACAGACGUUCCAGCAGAACACGACACAAUACCAGUCAUCUUACAUAUCACGACAGACGUUCCAGCAGAACACGACACAAUACCAGUCAUCUUACAUAUCACGACAGACGUUCCAGCGGAACACGACACAAUACCAGUCAUCUUACAUAUCACGACAGACGUUCCAGCGGAACACGACACAAUACCAGUCAUCUUACAUAUCACGACAGACGUUCCAGCGGAACACGACACAAUACCAGUCAUCUUACAUAUCACGACAGACGUUCCAGCGGAACACGACACAAUACCAGUCAUCUUACAUAUCACGACAGACGUUCCAGCGGAACACGACACAAUACCAGUCAUCUUACAUAUCACGACAGACGUUCCAGCGGAACACGACACAAUACCAGUCAUCUUACAUAUCACGACAGACGUUCCAGCGGAACACGACACAAUACCAGUCAUCUUACAUAUCACGACAGACGUUCCAGCGGAACACGACACAAUACCAGUCAUCUUACAUAUCACGACAGACGUUCCAGCGGAACACGACACAAUACCAGUCAUCUUACAUAUCACGACAGACGUUCCAGCGGAACACGACACAAUACCAGUCAUCUUACAUAUCACGACAGACGUUCCAGCGGAACACGACACAAUACCAGUCAUCUUACAUAUCACGACAGACGUUCCAGCGGAACACGACACAAUACCAGUCAUCUUACAUAUCACGACAGACGUUCCAGCGGAACACGACACAAUACCAGUCAUCUUACAUAUCACGACAGACGUUCCAGCGGAACACGACACAAUACCAGUCAUCUUACAUAUCACGACAGACGUUCCAGCGGAACACGACACAAUACCAGUCAUCUUACAUAUCACGACAGACGUUCCAGCGGAACACGACACAAUACCAGUCAUCUUACAUAUCACGACAGACGUUCCAGCGGAACACGACACAAUACCAGUCAUCUUACAUAUCACGACAGACGUUCCAGCGGAACACGACACAAUACCAGUCAUCUUACAUAUCACGACAGACGUUCCAGCGGAACACGACACAAUACCAGUCAUCUUACAUAUCACGACAGACGUUCCAGCGGAACACGACACAAUACCAGUCAUCUUACAUAUCACGACAGACGUUCCAGCGGAACACGACACAAUACCAGUCAUCUUACAUAUCACGACAGACGUUCCAGCGGAACACGACACAAUACCAGUCAUCUUACAUAUCACGACAGACGUUCCAGCGGAACACGACACAAUACCAGUCAUCUUACAUAUCACGACAGACGUUCCAGCGGAACAGGACACAAUACCAGUCAUCUUACAUAUCACGACAGACGUUCCAGCAGAACACGACACAAUACCAGUCAUCUUACAUAUCACGACAGACGUUCCAGCGGAACAGGACACAAUCGUUAGCGUUGAGUAACAUAAAAUAAACUUUUCUUGCACGGUAA